AUGUCUAACAACGUAUACGCUAAACUUCGCAACUUCUUGUUAAAUGCUGAAGAAAAAACGAUUACCGCAGGAUCUGUCAUUUACCAAGUGGUAGGGGAGAACCCUUGGAUUUCUAAAGAUGAAUUAAAAAGCAUUAUAGAAUUUGCGGUAGAUCUUGUAGAAGAUCAAAUUGACCAGGGUUCUAAACGAUAUGAGUCACUUCACAAGGUUCUUUCAGAGUUCGAAAUUUCAUAUAGGUCCGUUUGCAGUUUACUUGCUAUUGGAGCCAUAAAGACAAAUAAAGAAAAACCUCUUACUCCUCAACAAAUUAUAAAAAACAUAAAUGAGUUGAAGGGGAAGCUUAAGAAUUAUAAAAAGUCGCCACUUCAUAAGCGUUUACUUUUAGAAGUAGAGAAAGCUCCUCUUACAACAUUAAAUUGGAAGAAACCAUUGGCUAGUCAAGUUAUUAGCGACAGCUCAGAGAUGGUACAACAAUUACCCCAAGACUUAUAUAAUAUUUUUAUGACAGAUUCUUCAGCAGAGAAUGUUAGGCAUGAUGUUGAGAUUGCUGAGAUUAAGGCUGAAGUAGUGAAACUAAGGGACGACAAUGAGAGGAGCAAUCAGGUCACUUUUCCACUAUCUUGU